GCUGCUCCAACCACAACCACAGCAGCUCCGACCACAACCACAGAGGCUCCAACCACAACCACAGCGGCUCCAACCACAACAACAGCAGCUCCAACCACAACCACAACCACAGCGGCUCCAACCACAACCACAGCUGCUCCAACCACAACAACAGCGGCUCCAACCACAACCACAGCUGCUCCAACCACAACAACAACAGCGGCUCCAACCACAACCACAGCUGCUCCAACCACAACAACAGCAGCUCCAACCACAACCACAGCUACACCAACCACAACCACAGCUGCUCCAACCACAACCACAGCUACAGCAACCACAACCACAGCUACACCAACCACAACCACAGCUGCUCCAACCACAACUACAGCUGCUCCAACCACAACAACAACAGCUGCUCCAACCACAACCGCAGCUGCUCCAACCACAACAACAACAGCGGCUCCAACCACAACCACAGCUGCUCCAACCACAACAACAACAGCGGCUCCAACCACAACCACAGCUGCUCCAACCACAACAACAGCAGCUCCAACCACAACCACAGCUACACCAACCACAACCACAGCUACACCAACAACAACCACAGCUGCUCCAACCACAACCACAGCUACAGCAACCACAACCACAGUUGCUCCAACCACAACAACAGCUGCUCCAACCACAACCACAGCGGCUCCAACCACAACCACAGCGGCUCCAACCACAACCACAGCUGCACUAACCACAACCACAGCUGCACCAACCACAACCACAUUGGCUCCAACCACAACAACAGCGGCUACAACCACAACCACAGCUGCUCCAACCACAACCACAGCCGCACCAACCACAACCACAGCUGCUCCAACCACAACCACAGCUGCUCCAACCACAACAACAGCUGCUCCAACCACAACAACAGCCGCUCAAACCACAACAACAGCAGCUCCAACCACAACCACAGCUACAGCAACCACAACCACAGCUACACCAACUACAACCACAGCUGCUCCAACCACAACCACAGUUGAUCCAACCACAACAACAGCUGCUCCAACCACAACAACAGCAGAGGCACCAACCACAACCACAGCUGCUCCAACCACAACCACAGCUGCUCCAACGACAACAACAGCUGCUCCAACUACAACCACAGCGGCUACAACCACAACAACAGUGGUUCCAACCACAACCACAGCUGCUCCAACCACAACAACAGCGGCUCCAACCACAACCACAGCGGCUCCAACCACAACAACAGCUGCUCCAACCACAACCACAGCAGCUCCGACCACAACCACAGAGGCUCCAACCACAACCACAGCGGCUCCAACCACAACAACAGCAGCUCCAACCACAACCACAACCACAGCUGCUCCAACCACAACAACAGCGGCUCCAACCACAACCACAGCUGCUCCAACCACAACAACAGCGGCUCCAACCACAACCACAGCUGCUCCAACCACAACAACAACAGCGGCUCCAACCACAACCACAGCUGCUCCAACCACAACAACAGCAGCUCCAACCACAACCACAGCUACACCAACCACAACCACAGCUGCUCCAACCACAACCACAGCUACAGCAACCACAACCACAGCUACACCAACCACAACCACAGCUGCUCCAACCACAACUACAGCUGCUCCAACCACAACAACAACAGCUGCUCCAACCACAACCGCAGCUGCUCCAACCACAACAACAACAGCGGCUCCAACCACAACCACAGCUGCUCCAACCACAACAACAACAGCGGCUCCAACCACAACCACAGCUGCUCCAACCACAACAACAGCAGCUCCAACCACAACCACAGCUACACCAACCACAACCACAGCUACACCAACAACAACCACAGCUGCUCCAACCACAACCACAGCUACAGCAACCACA